CAAAAAUCUGAAAAAAGGAACGACCUUCUGAUCCUUCAAUUUCAUCAUCCUCUUCGAAUUUGUCAAUUUGACUUGCCAAAACUGAAAUCUUUGAGUACCCAAUGGAUCGAAACCAAAGACCCAGAAGCCUAUUGGAUUCAUUAGGUGAAGAACUCAUCGCAAUCCUCACACCUGUCUCGAUUUGUAUGUUCACCGUUGUUCUUCUUGUCUGUAUCCUAAACUCCGACCCUUCUUCUUCCUCCGCUUCUUUCUCCUCCAUAGCCACCGCAGCUUACGCAGAGAGCGAUUCAGAUUCCUCAUGGGACAAAUUCGUCGGUGCCCUUUUGAAUUCUGUCGUCUUCGUCGCUGCGAUCACUGUUGCAACAUUUGUUCUCGUGCUUCUCUUUUAUCUCAGAUGUGUUAAAUUCUUGAAAUUCUACAUGGGUUUCUCAGCUUUUAUCGUUUUAGGGAACUUAGGUGGAGAAAUCUUAGUUUUAUUGAUCGAUCGAUUUAGAUUCCCGAUUGAUUCCAUCACGUUUCUGAUACUUCUUUUCAAUUUCUCUGUCGUUGGUGUUUUCGCUGUGUUCAUGUCGAAGUUUUCGAUUUUGAUCACUCAAGGUUACUUGGUUUGGAUUGGUGUUUUAGUUGCUUACUUCUUCACGUUAUUACCUGAAUGGACUACUUGGGUUCUUCUCGUAGCUUUGGCACUUUAUGACAUUGCUGCUGUUCUUUUACCUGUUGGUCCAUUACGUCUUCUUGUUGAAAUGGCUAUAUCUAGAGACGAAGAUAUCCCGGCUUUGGUUUACGAAGCACGGCCUGUGAUUCGAAAUGAUUCCCGUUUGGUUCAGAGAAGAGUUUGGAGAGAACGAAGAUCCAAUGACGCUGAGAACCACGCUAAUCGGAAUGAAGUAAGGGCGGUUAGAUCAGAGGAAGUAGAAGAAGAACAUGUCGGUUCAAGCGAAAGGGCAGAGAUAUCUGUGCCGUUGAUUGAUCGAAGACCUGAGCAGGCUGAGAAUUCAGAGACUUUUCUUGAAGGAAUUGGGUUGGGAUCAUCAGGUGCUAUCAAGUUAGGGCUUGGGGAUUUUAUCUUCUAUAGUGUUUUGGUUGGAAGAGCUGCAAUGUAUGAUCUGAUGACGGUUUAUGCUUGUUACUUGGCGAUCAUAGCCGGUUUAGGGAUCACAUUGAUGCUAUUGUCUGUGUAUCAGAAGGCUUUACCAGCUCUUCCUGUAUCGAUCAUGUUAGGCGUUGUGUUUUACUUUUUGGCGCGGUUAUUGCUUGAAGUUUUUGUUGUGCAAUGUUCUUCAAACCUUGUGAUGUUCUAAGAGUAUGGAAAGUGAAAGGGUGCUUUUGAUGUAAAAUUUUGAGUACAGUUUCGUUUGUUUCGUCAAAAUAAUUGUGUUGGUUUGAUUGAUUAUCAUUGUAUAGUGUGCUCGUCCUAGACUUGAGUUCAAA